GUCCCCGGAAACGUGCGCAUGAACUACUUGGGCGUACAUUAGGGCGCGUGCACUCGCUGGCUCUUCUCCCGACCGACGAUACUUUCUUCCCCCGGCGUUCUCCUUCCUUUCCGCCUGUCGCCUCAAACUUCCCGAGUCCGAAGUUUUUGUUGUUUAAUAGCCGCCAUGUCGCACACCGUUAUCACGACCACUUCCGCCUCCGACGGCUUCUUUCACGCGGGAUACUGCAGGACCAUCCCGGGUCUGCUCAAAGUGUCCCAGAUGGUGGCGCUGUUCAUCGCCUUCCUGUGCGUGCACUGCGCUCACGGGUGGCCCAGCUGGGCGGCCUUCCAGUUCUUCGAGGUGGUCUCUGUGUGGUUCCUGGUGGCCCUGCUGCUCUUCUUCCUCAUGCACCUGUUCCGGCUGCAGGCCAAGAUGCCGUGCAUCAACUGGCCCCUCACGGAGUUCUUCCACUACUCCGUGGGGACCGUCCUCGUCCUCAUCGCCUCCAUCGUGGCGGUGGUGAAAAGUGGAGGAGUGUCAGCGUUGGUGGCGGCGUCGGUGUUUGGCUUCAUCGCCGCCUUUCUGAUGGCCGUCAGCUUGUGGACGUCUUACAGCGUGUCUUGUGGCCCCCAACAGACCGGUGCGACCGAGUAGUUGGAUGCUGGUCAUGUGGGAACGAGAUGGCUGCCUCUGCCCCCGGCUCACUCUUCUGCCUAGCAACAGACAUCAGAAUCGGUUGACAAUUGGGGGCGCAGGUAUGAGGAGCUGAUCCAGGAGCAGCGUCUUGUUAAAAAAAACAAAAACAAAAAAAAUGGCAGAAUGUCGGCGGUGCUCCAAAGAAUCUUCUUCACGUCUUUGCGGACAACAACGCUUAUUCUGCCUCCAUCUUUGCUUGCAAGCAUUCUAUUAGAAAUGCUAGCGUUCACUUCCUGCUGUUAGCGUUCACUUCCUCGUCCGACUCGGACGCACUUUGACUACUCCAGCGCUGUUAGCCUCCGCACGUCCGCUAGCAUGCUAACGUAGCGAACGUGCGCUGCACUUGCUAGCAUCCCGACCGCUUCUUUUAGUGAUGUUUUAUCAAAUGUUCCGUUUUUAGGAUUGUUGCAAACCAACACUAUUGACUGUUUGACAAGCACCAAGAUCAAUAAUCUGUGCCAAUCUUUGCACACGCAGCCUGCUGAGGUAGCGAGGCGGGCCUGCGUGCACGGUGCUAGUACGGCCGCCAUUCCUACUCCGCCGCCGAGAUGUUUACAAGGGAGCCUGAAAGCACACGAUCAAUCAAUCAUGAAGACUGUUAGCAAAUUGUCCCGAUUUACCAACUGUAAGUAAUGCAGCUGAAAUAGGCUCCAGCAUCCCGCGCGACCCAGAAAGGGACAAGCGGUAGGAAAUGGUUGGAUGGAUGGAUGUACACAUCAUGCUAAUUCUAACCUGCUGUGCUACACUCGCACACUUACUUGGUACACUUAUUCUUUUGAGUGCACAAGUGCGUUCACACUGUACGGUAAAAUGCUGUCCAAGUACCACCAUAAUGACCAACAUUGAAAUACAGUAGCUUAGUAAGCCUAAGUAUUCAUUAAAAACAAGACAGAGGUUUUAUUCAACAUGUAUAUUUAAUAUUUUUGGCCACCAUGGUGACCAACGUUGAAGUACAGUAGCAUAGUAGGCCUAAGUAUUCAUUAUAAACAAGACAGAGGUUUUAUUCAACAAGUAUAUUUAAUAUCUUUGGGCACCAUGGUGAUCAACGUUAAAGUACAGUAGCAUGGUAGGCCUAAGUAUUAAUAAAAAAACAGAGGUUUUAUAUAACAGGUAUAUUUAAUAUUUUUGGCCACCAUGGUGACCAACGGUGAAGUACAGUAGCAUAGUAGGCCUAAGUAUUAAUUAAAAACAAGACAGGGGUUUUAUUUAACAAGUAUUUUUAAUAUUUCUGGCCACCAUAAUGACCAAUGUUGAAAUGCUGUAGCGUACUAAGCCUAAGUAUUAAUGGAAAAACAAAACUGGUUUGAUUUAACAAGGGUAUUUAGUAUUUUGGUUACCAUAAUGACCAAUAUUAAAAUACAGUAGCGUAGUAGGCGUAAGUAUUCAUUGAAUACAAGGCAGAGGUUUUAUUUAACAAUUUGUAUUUAUAUUUUUGUCCAACAUAAUGGUCAACGUUAAAGUACAGUAGCAUAGUAUGCCUAAGUAUUCAUUAAAAACAAGACAGGUUUUAUUUAACAAAUAUAUAUAAUAUUUUUGGGCCCCAUAAUGACCAACAUUGAAAUACAGUAGCAUAGUCUGCCUAAACAUUCAUAUAAAACAAGACAGAGGUUUUAUUUAACAAGUAUAUUUCAUAUUACUGCCACCAUAAUGGUUAAAAUACAGUAGCGUAGUAGGCCUAAGUAUUGAUUAAAACAAGACAGAGGGUUUCAUUUAACAAUUUUCAUUGAUAUUUUUGGCCACAAUAAUGACCAAUAUUAAAAUACAGUAGCGUAGUAGGCAUAAGUAUUCAUUGAAAACAAGGCCGAGGUUUUAUUUAAACAACUUUCAUUAAUAUUUGUGUCCAACAUAAUGACCAACGCUAAAGUACAGUAGCAUAGUAGACCUAAGUAUUUAUUAAAAACAAGACAGAGGUUUUAUUUAACAAAUAUAUAUAAUAUUUUUGGGCCCCAUAAUGACCAACAUUGAUAUACAGUAGCAUAGUCUGCCUAAACAUUCAUCUAAAACAAGACAGAGGUUUUAUUUAACAAGUAUAUUUCAUAUUACUGCCACCAUAAUGGUUAAAAUACAGUAGCGUAGUAGGCCUAAGUAUUGAUUAAAACAAGACAGAGGGUUUCAUUUAACAAUUUUCAUUGAUAUUUUUGGCCACAAUAAUGACCAAUAUUAAAAUACAGUUGCGUAGUAGGCGUAAGUAUUCAUUGAAAACAAGGCAGAGGUUUUAUUUAAACAACUUUAAUUAAUAUUUUUGUCCAACAUAAUGGUCAACGUUAAAGUACAGUAGCAUAGUAUGCCUAAGUAUUCAUUAAAAACAAGACAGGUUUUAUUUAACAAAUAUAUAUAAUAUUUUUGGGCCCCAUAAUGACCAACAUUGAAAUACAGUAGCAUAGUCUGCCUAAACAUUCAUCUAAAACAAGACAGAAGUUUUAUUUAACAAGUAUAUUUCAUAUUACUGCCACCAUAAUGGUUAAAAUACAGUAGCGUAGUAGGCCUAAGUAUUGAUUAAAACAAGACAGAGGGUUUCAUUUAACAAUUUUCAUUGAUAUUUUUGGCCACAAUAAUGACCAAUAUUAAAAUACAGUAGCGUAGUAGGCGUAAGUAUUCAUUGAAAACAAGGCAGAGGUUUUAUUUAAACAACUUUAAUUAAUAUUUUUGUCCAACAUAAUGGUCAACGUUAAAGUACAGUAGCAUAGUAUGCCUAAGUAUUCAUUAAAAACAAGACAGAGGUUUUAUUUAACAAAUUAUAUAUAAUAUUUUUGGGCCCCAUAAUGACCAACAUUGAAAUACAGUAGCAUAGUCUGCCUAAACAGUCAUCUAAAACAAGACAGAGGUUUUAUUUAACAAGUGUAUUUCAUAUUACUGCCACCAUAAUGGUUCAAAUACAGUAGCGUAGUAGGCCUAAGUAUUGAUUAAAACAAGACAGAGGGUUUCAUUUAACAAUUUGUAUUGAUUUUUUUGGCCACAAUAAUGACCAAUAUUAAAAUACAGUAGCGUAGUAGGUGUAAGUAUUCAUUGAAAACAAGGCAGAGGUUUUAUUUAAACAACUUUAAUUAAUAUUUUUGUCCAACAUAAUGACCAACGCUAAAGUACAGUAGCAUAGUAGACCUAAGUAUUCAUUAAAAACAAGACAGAGGUUUUAUUUAACAAAUAUAUAUAAUAUUUUUGGGCCCCAUAAUGACCAACAUUGAAAUACAGUAGCAUAGUCUGCCUAAACAGUCAUCUAAAACAAGACAGAGGUUUUAUUUAACAAGUGUAUUUCAUAUUACUGCCACCAUAAUGGUUAAAAUACAGUAGCGUAGUAGGCCUAAGUAUUGAUUAAAACAAGACAGAGGGUUUCAUUUAACAAUUUGUAUUGAUAUUUUUGGCCACAAUAAUGACCAAUAUUAAAAUACAGUAGCGUAGUAGGUGUAAGUAUUCAUUGAAAACAAGGCAGAGGUUUUAUUUAAACAACUUUAAUUAAUAUUUUUGUCCAACAUAAUGACCAAUGCUAAAGUACUGUAGCAUAGUAGACCUAAGUAUUCAUUAAAAACAAGACAGAGGAUUUAACGUGUAUUUAAGAUUUUUGGCCACCAUGUUGACCAACGUUAAAGUACCAUAGCAUGAUAGGCCUAAGUAUUAAUUAAAAACAAGACAGAGGUUUUGUUUAAUAUUUGUGCGAACUCACUCAUGCACUUGGAAAGACGUAAGUGCAAGUACACAUGUGUACUAAUUUGAACUGAAGGCUAAUGCUAAAGGCUAACAUUAGCCCUAUGUUGCUACAUGUGGACAUGCUAAUUGUGUUAGCGUGACAGUGGACUGCACAUGUUUGUGUUGUGAAACACGACGAUUGUAAAAUGACAAAUACGACUUUAUUGUAUGAAGGAUCAAAGGUCGACUAUGUAUGAAUUCUGUUUGUUAUCACACUGUAAGCACCCUGCAAGAAGUCACCUGACCGACUUGACUAAGCCCCUCCCACAUGUUUACCUGUGAGUGUUUGAUCAUUGCUCCUCUGGUUUGGAUGUGUCCUCCAAAGUGCCUUAAUGCGCCACUAGAGGCAGUCUGCUCGCAGCUAGCCACAUGCUAACGUGUUGUUUUCUACUUCCUGUUUGGGCUGUGUCACGUGUUGCAUGUUGCCCAUUAAAGCAGCUCACUCACUCCCAACAUGUCCAAAUAAAGACAUUUGAUUGUCA